GGCCGGGGCCGGGGCUGCGCGGCGCCGGUGCCUCCUUCCCUGCCUCCUUCUUUCCUUCCCUUCGUGCUUGCCGCCGGCCGGGCCCACUCCUGCGGAGCUACCGCGGGUCUCCACCAUACUCUCCUCAGCCCCUGGGAUGGGCCUGCCCCGGCUUGGCCUCAAGAUGCUGGAAUAGCAGCAGGCGGCGGCGAGCCAGAGGACCUGCGGUGGGACGUCGUUUCCCGCUGGGACAUCCUUCAGCCCCUCUCUCUCAGCAGAAGCAAUGGAUGCCCACGUGGACCUGCUGACCGAGCUGCAGCUGCUGGACAAGGUGCCCACCCUGGAGAGGCUGCGGGCAGCCCAGAAGAGGAGGGCUCAGCAGCUGAAGAAGUGGGCCCAGUAUGAGAAGGAGAUGCAGCACAAGAAGCGGAAGCACGAGAAGAAGAGGAACGCUGUGAACAGAAAGAAAGUGUCCUUUGAAGCCAGCGUGGCUCUGCUGGAGGCUUCUCUGAGGAACGACUUGGAGGAAGUAUGUUACCUGCUGAAGAGCAACAUCAGCCCGGACCUGUGCAACGAAGAUGGAUUAACUGCACUGCAUCAGUGCUGCAUAGACAACUAUGAAGAGAUAGUCAAGCUUCUCCUCAGCCACGGGGCCAAUGUCAAUGCGAAGGACAACGAGCUGUGGACUCCAUUGCAUGCAGCAGCUACCUGUGGUCACAUCAACCUGGUGAAGAUCCUCAUACAGCAUGGAGCAGACUUGCUGGCAGUGAACGCAGAUGGCAACAUGCCGUAUGACCUCUGUGAAGAUGAGCCAACUCUGGAUGUCAUUGAGACCUGCAUGGCCUAUCAGGGGAUCACACAGGAAAGGAUCAAUGAGAUGAGAGCUGCUCCAGAGCAGGUCAUGAUCUGUGACAUCCAUGACAUACUUGCAGCUGGACAAGACCUGAACAGGACAGAUGCCCAAGGUGCUACGCUGCUGCAUAUAGCUGCAGCCAAUGGUUAUCUGCAUGCAGCUGAAGUACUGCUUGACCAGGGGGCAAGCUUGGAUGUGAAGGACUGGGAUGGCUGGGAACCUCUUCAUGCUGCUGCUUUCUGGGGACAGAUGCAGAUGGCUGAGUUGCUUGUGUCCCAUGGGGCUAGUUUGAGUGCCAGGACAUCUUUGGAUGAGAUGCCAAUAGAUCUGUGUGAAGAGGAGGAAUUCAAAGUCUUACUUCUGGAGCUGAAACACAAACAUGAUGUGAUCAUGAAGUCUCAGAUGAGGCACAAAUCCUCCCUGAGUCGAAGGACCUCCAGCACUGGCAGCCGGGGGAAGGUGGUGAGGAGGGCCAGCCUUUCAGACAGAACCAACCUCUACAGGAAGGAGUGUGAGAAGGAAGCCAUCGUCUGGCAGCAGCUGGGGGCUGCAGAAGAAGGGAGAAAUUCAACUCUCAUUGGAGAAAUUGGGGAGACUCGCUCUGACCAGGAGAACACAGACCCUAAUUCAGUGCUGGAGAACUCUUCUCUCCUUCCGGAGUUAGCAAACAAAAGCACCCAGUGUGACUCUGAAAUCCCCCUCCAGAACGGACUCAUGGCCUCGGCCAGCCCUUACCAGUACACCUUUUCCAACGGGGACGUUUGGAGCAUGCACACCGACCUUGAGAGUAACCCAGGCCACAUGCUGCCCUACGGCAACCCCGGGCUCCCUGACACCCAGCAGUUCUGGGGGCCCUACAAGGAGCAUAACCACCAAACGCUCUCGGAACUGAAGCGGCAGCGGGCUGCGGCCAAACUCCUCCAGCACCCUUUCCUCAGCACCCACUUCAGCAGCGGCGUGGGAGGAGUGGCUGAGAACGGGGGUGAGGCCAAGUCACACCUCAUUGCAUCCAGGACUUCUCCCUACAGCUCCAACGGGACCUCAGUGUAUUACACAGUGUCCAGCGGUGAUCCGCCCCUCUUGAAAUUCAAAGCUCCCAUGGAGGAGAUGGAGGAGAAGGUGCAUGGCUGCUGCAGGAUCUCCUAGUCCCAGCUGUUCCUCACCCCAGAGGAAACCAGAUGCGGGUGGGCUGGUUGGAUCUCCCGCAGCAGCCAGGUUGUUUGCAUUCCAAAGGGAGAAUUUGGCUAUGGACAUCCUGACUGUGGUGGCCUCCUUCACCUCGAAUUGUACUUCACCCUGCCUGCUGCUUCCAUUGCAGUUGAAUGAGUAAUGCAGGUGGAGCAAGGCUCUUGGGAGAGGAAGGGAUGCACAUCAGCAUGAUGUAAGAGUCACCCUAGCCUUGCUCCCUGGAGAAGGAGGUAUGGUGCACUGCCUCCUUGUCCUUGGGAAGUCAUGAGAUGCCCUGGAACAAAGGAAGGAUCUGAAUUAAAGUCGUUGCAUCGGAGCCUCUUGCUGUAAGUCACCAAGCUUGUGGAAGGUGACAGUUCCAAACCUGAAUUUUCACUCUUAUCCUGGAGGGGAGAUCAACCCCACAGUGAGGUUUGCAAGAGUGGACAGAGCUGUUGUCCCUACAGCUGGAUCCAGCACUUACAGACCCUGAGCAGCAUGCCAGCUGAGGUGCUGCCCUCGCUUUAGGAAGUUUGCAAGGUGUCACCUCCUUGCAGUGAAAGCUCACCAUCAAAAACUCUGCACUGGCUGGGUCCAGUUCUGCUCAGUAAGCUCAUCACUGCAGACUACCACCAGGUUUGAAGCAGAACUUUGCCUGCAACAGGCUUCACUCAACAGGCUUUAAAAGUGAUGUUGCAAUAAGGGGCCCUGGCAAUAGAAUUCUACUGCAAUAAAAUACUGACAAAGGUCUAUACUGGGAUAAGUAAGUUAAAAACACCACAAACCACAGACAAGUUCUUUGUACUCUUUAGACUCUUCAUUUGGUAAAACUGAAAAGACUUUUGCUGAUCUCACUUUCCUAAUGGUUCUCUUUGUUUACUCUCUAGGCUCAACACAGCUACUAGGGGCAGUGUGCUUUGCAUUCUCAUUGUUUCUUCUGGAUUUCCAGAACCACAGGGCUGAGGAGGGGAUGAGGAGGACAAGGCUUGCCAGCACUAACCUAGAAACACCAUGGAAGCAUUUCUGACCUCCCUAGGUGUUACAGCACUCCUGUUCCCCUGCAGUCUUUGGCUGAUAAAUAACUGUGAAAUCAUUGCUCGGGUAGAUAAACAUUGCAGCAAGGCAGGAGGGGUGUGUGUGUGUGUGUCUGCUUUCCAGCUCUCAUGCUGAGGUCAUCAGCAGUGGUUAGCAGCUGUCAGAAGACAACUUAAAUUGCCUCUGUGUGUAUGGGAGUCAUUUAGUGCCAUGCAGUUGUCAAAUCCUCUGCAGGGCGGUUGGCACACCAGGCGCCAGCGUCGCAGUGUAGCUCAAGUCAGCUCUGAUUAUCUGAGCAACAUUAGCAUGGCAUAACCUGGGACUUUGGCUCUUCAGCAAGCUAUGGGUUUGUGCACCUGGGGGAGGUGAAAGGAGGGUGUCCCAUGAGAGACAGCUCUGAGGAGCUCAUCACAGUUGAGUUAAGAAGUUGUGUCUGCGGAAGUAGAUCUCAAGCCUUUUUCUACACAGAGGGACACACAGCUCUUUGCCUGCACAAAUAUGUGUCCUCCUUGGACAGUUCAAAUUGCAGGCUCUGAAAAGUAUAAAGCCCAUCUGGGGCUCUGCAAGCCAUCCAUGGAUUAAAUCCAGCUCGUGUAGUUGUGCUUCAACCAAGCAACAGCAAAUGCAGCUUCCACCAAUCUUCCUUUUAGCUGGUGGCUGUUGGACAUCAACAUUACACUUCACAUGUAGGCUGCCCUGUGGGGGUCCUCACAGCCUUCCCUUUUUUUCAGGCUAUGAAAAGCUGAUUUAGGCUGCCAGUGACUGUUAAAUGCUCCCUUCUGCUCCACAUCAAAUCUAGCUCAUCACAGGGGCUGGCUGUAUUAUGAUGCAGGGCUUUGGGCUUAUCAUUCUCAGCUCCUGGAGGCAGCAGAUGUGGCUGCCUGUCACCACCACAACCACACUCUGCAGGAAACACCUUUGGACCUGUGAAGCUGGUACCAGGCUGACUCUAAAGAUACAUUUCUCCUCUCUCACCAGUUUUUAGGAGCAAACAGAAAAUGGGAGCAGUUGAUCUGAUUUCCAACCCUCAGUUCAGUUACAGGCAGGGAUUUCUUUCUCUGGUUUGAAAUAUUGAGAGAAGUUUGGCUUGCUGCAUGAUGCUAAAUGUAAGACUAGAAAAUAUUUCUGGUGUUUGGUUUAACCUUAAGGAACUGCAGAAGUCAUUCUCUAGUAGAAAGAAGGUGAUUUGGUGACUGGAGAGAGUUUCCUGCAUCUGUGUGGUAUGAACAGUGUCUCUUCUGAUUACCUCAAGGAAAAUUGUUCCAGGAUAACACCAAGCAUAGCCUGGGCAUCACUGAACUGGGAGGGGGAGGAGGAAAUGGGGGUGAUCUUUGAGCUGUCUCUCUUCUUCCAUGGUGCUGAGGGUUGUUUCUGCACAUUCAUCCUGUUGAGAAUUCUGAACUCAAUGUAACAAAUUUUGGUGCUGCUAUCCACUGGGUUGCAAGUGGUGCAAAAUUCAGGCCUAGCUGAUGCUUUUUUUUUCCCCCUAGGGGAAAAAAUCCUACCUAACUCAAAGCAAAUAAAAAGAAGACCCCUGGAUGUGAUAGUGCUAAGUAGUUUGAGGCUUGCUUUCACUGAGAGCUGUUACUGCAUUAAGGCUGUAGGAAGCCUGUCCACUUCAGGCACACUUCUUUUAGUGCACUGAUGUUUCCCUCUAGUUAUAAGUCAAACUCCAGGAACUCGGCACUCUGGCUGUGAUCUUGAGCAAGCCAACAACUGAUUUACUGUCAGGCAAAAGAUAUGGCAGGUUCUAGAUGAUAAAGCAUCCCCCUGAUUGGACUUGGUGUGGUAGCUGUACAACUGGCUGUGAUACAGCUCUUCUGGCUUUGGCACUGUAAGGUGAGUGGUGUCUGAUCAAAUGUCAGACGAGAGAGUCAGUCACCAGUAAAUCUUGCAGGCUGUGUUUCACAGCCCUAGAGUCAUAGAUUAUCUCAAGUUGAAAGGGACCCAUAAGGACCACGAAGGCCAACUCCAUGCCAAGUACUUACCUACCACUGGCUUUGAGCUGAAGCUGCAUCAGAGAUGGACUUGUGAAGGCUGUCGACGCGUGACCUGGAGUGGAUUAAUGCUGAUGUGCUGGUGACGUUUGGGAUACGAUGGUCACUGCCUGGGGGGCACUGGCUAACACACUCAGGGAAGGAGCUGGCAGUUCCUGCUGCAUGCAGAGCUGUGGGCUGUAAAUCUGGGAUGAGCAGUUUUGUGAAGUGGCUAUUUACCCUGCUCCUGGGGAACUAGUUUGUAGAGACAAACAGGCUGUCAUGGGGGCUACAAACCUGUGGAUACUUUUCAAUGUGCAGCGUAAAAGCCUACCUCUAAGAGCAGGGCUUUUCCCUAUAAGCUUCAGCAGUGUUUACUAUAUCUAUGUGUUUUAAAGGCCAGGCCACUGGAAAGCUCUGACAGUAGAAGGCACUUAGCUAUUUCAUUGGAUCUUGGUAUUGCUAAAAAGCUGUAGAAACCACAAAUCAUGUCAUGAGUGGCUCAUUUAAGGAAGAUGUGGUUAGGUUUUUUUAUGCUGCAUCCAGUGUUUUUAGGCUCAAUAAGUAUCUAAGCACAGAUUCAAGAUCAGAUCAGGGUACUGUUUCUGUCAGCAGCAAGCCAAAGGGUGUAGUUGUUCCUAGAGA